AUGAGCUUAUUAAAACUAUCGAAUUGCUCACUCUUACCUACUUUAUUAGGACCGUUUCUGCCAAUCAAUGUGUUACGAAAGUUAGUGGAGGAUAAUGCAAAUCGAUUUAUUCCAUCGUAUCAUCGAGAUGAGGUGGAUGAUCUUAUACAAAUGCGUGUAAAUAGAAUUGAAUUCAAUCAUCUCAUCGACAAUCUCGAUAAUGCGAUGGAGGAAAAGGAAGCGAAAGAGGAAGAGGAAGUGGAAGAAAAGGUAGAAAAGGAGAACGCCUUGACAAUCGGCUGCGCGGGAGUACCUGGUCCACAAAACCUCGGGUGGAUAUUGCUUGAUGCUGAGAAGACUCGUUGUCCACACAAGAACGCCAGGAGAGUAUCCAAUGAUGAUAAUGACGACAACAAUGAUUGGAAUGAUGAUUUAAAUCCAUCUGAUUCGAUUCGAGCACUGGUCUCUUCAGAUUUCACCAUUUCCAUAACGUCGCAGGAAAUCGAAGAAGAGCGAGAGGAAUUAACGCAGGAAGAAGUAGAGUCAGGAGAGGAGGAGGAGGAGGAGGACGAGGAGAAGGCGGAGGAGGAGGGGGGAUGGAGAGGAGCAGAAGGAGGAGAAAGACAAUGA